AUGUUCCCCGAAUUGCAUGUUGAGACAUGUAAGCUGGGAUCAGCUGCCAACGGUUGCUCUGCCUCAGGGACAGACGCAACUCCUACGAACAAGGCGGCAACGAGAAUAGCCGCUUCGUCGCGCGGUGGAUCAUCGCCUUCAGAGCGGGGCAACAAAGUUUCAUCAAGCGGCCUGCAACCUCUCUUUGCUUCACCGACCUCACCGCUAGCAAGCAACUCCUACCCCUCCCCUCGUCCACAAUCUUCCAACUCCCGCUCUGGAUCUGGCCACCACAAGUCUAGACCGUUGGUGGUUACUUACAGCGCUCUGCGCAACUUUGAUCGCGCCCAGUCUGGCGAGAUUGGACGCGAGAGCGCUCCUUCUCCUCUGCCAUCUGGCCAUCGUAUCGUCAUGGAUGGACGCUCUGUUCCGAGCCAAGCUAACGUUGCCAAUAGGAGCAGCCCGAAAAUGAUGUACAAUGUCGUUGCACGCAUCGUCGCGGCCAUGGCCAUGGUGGUGGGAGCCGUUUGCAAUGUCGUUCUUUUCGGUGAGUGGCAGCAUCCAAGCACACGACCGAGCAAAAGCAGCUCAGGUGCCAUCGAGCCGCAUGGAGCUGAAGCUUCCUACGAUGGCACCCGCAGGUCCACAUCUGCGACCGCUCGUCAUCGCAGCUGUGCUCCUUGCAGUGAGCUGCUGUACCUUUGUGAUGGAGGUGUUGCCGCGUCAAACUUCCAAGCGAGUCAUUCAGGCACAUUGCUCUACGCUCAACUCGCCCAUCGGCAUCGCAAUCGUCUAUGCCGCCUUGACGCUACUUAUGUGCGACGUUCCGCAGCCCAGGCAGCAGGGCGCAGGCCCUGGUGGCCCUCCAAAGUAUGUUCCUUAUGUUCUCUACUCGGCCACAGCGAUCGUCGGUCUCGUCUCUGUGUUUUUUGGGCUGAGUGGAGCAUGGAAGGCAUGCAAACCUCAACCGCGUCUGUGUCGAGGGAUUGGGUCACACCAGCAAUGCCUUCCAUCGACGUUGGAGCAGUGCGACGAUUACGACGACGAUCCUUCGCUCGUGCACGACCCCCAUUAUCGGCCCGACUUUCUACAGGCUUCUGCUCCCUCCUUUGUCUCGAGACACGCACCGUCCGCCUCUUUUGCUCGUUCCAAAACCUCGGCAAGACCGACGGGUCGGUCGCUGGCAGCGUACGACUCGGAGAAGACGUCGGCUGCAGUGAAAAGCGCCUCGGUGGUCGAGCUGACGCGUGCUCAUCGUGGACCGAGCCGACCGCAGACUGCCGAAAGUGGCCGCACGCUCUCAGAUUGCUCAAAAUACAUGGACCCACGCUGGGGUGCCGUCGAUGCGGGCGCAUCAAAGCAGUGUGCAGACCAACGAAAUUACCUAGGAUCCAACAAUGUAAAGUCUGCUCCGGCUGAUCUUCGCAGCUAUGAAGCUUAUCCCGACGGUGCAAAACGGCACACGCUUGCUCGUCCCCGCACGGCACCUUCAAAACCGCAGAGCGAAAUCAUGAGCGGUACGGAUGCUGGGCAUCAAGUCCCGAAAAGGCGCAGUCAGGAAAUCAUGGCCAGAACUUCCGUGAGCGAUGGCGGCGAUGACAGGUCUCUGCAUUCCAUGAACACGACGCAUUCUGCCCACUUUCGAGCCUUGAGCGUAUACAAGGGGCAGCAGGAUCAUGGCGCUAGCCACGCAGGCACGGAAGAGAAUCAAGAGGUCAUGCGCAACAGCAUCUGUUCGCGACCUGAAGUGGACGCACGAGAUUCAAGAAGCUCCUUCUCUGGCCUUGUGCAUUCCAGAAAAUCGAGCUUCUCGUCGGCCAAGGAAAGUCUUGGUGAUGGUCUGCCAAGACUUGCGCAAAACAAGGAAUCGAAAUCGACGUUGGCUUCCAUAUUCAAGAGAACGAAGCGCGGUUGCGCCGAAUCUUCCCAACCACAGGCAGAGACGGAAUCAGUCGUCGGGCAGCUCGAAGAGCAAAUGCCGUCAGACACCUCGCCAAAUAACAGCGCUUCAUCCUCCCAUACUCACCCUGCCGUCUUGGACUACUUCAAGAGAUCUUCAGCGGAGGCGCGACGGAGUCUUCAUCAAGCAACACAGGAGACGUCUCUUGAUCAUGAUCUCGAGAAGAGGUCGCAAAGUAGUGUUCGACGAACGAGAAGCCGGCGUAGGGUCGUCGACGUGCCAGGAAUCGGCACCAUUGAGCUGUCCUCUGACUCGGAAUCCGAGCUAUCUUCGUACUCUGCCGACAACGACGAUACACUCUUGGCCGUCUCGCGCCGACUGCACAGCGCAGCUCAAGAUGCCGAAGGCAAUUCCAUCGAGGAGAUCGAGAACGACGCUUCGACGCUACCUGAUUUAGAUGAAAGCACAGAGUGUUCCAUCAGCGAUACAACCAAAAGUCCCACUGGCGCCGAGGUCUCGCAGCAGGGCAAAGAAAGGCAGCCGGCGGAAGGAGAUGAUCGUGCGAGUAACGAGUCUACUCAAGGCCACAAGGCAACAUCGUUCAAGCUGUCCAUACCCGUUGCAGGAACUGCGGAGGCCGAGGUGCUCAUGAGCACCAUCUCGCAAGAGUGCGAGUUUCAAACAGGUAAAACCUUGGUUCCUUCUCCAUCGUCCAUUGCAUCGAUGGGCGUCUCGGGAGAGAUCCUGCAACGCCAACGAUCCAUCUCGAGCGCAAAAUACAAACGGCAGUCCAAAACGACUGGCCUUGAUGAUGAAUCUGCCGCUGCCGUGGCCGCAAUGAAGAGGCGCAAAGAACUCAAAAUUCAAAGAGGCGUAGUCAGAGCUCUGAGCGGCAGACAAAAAUAG